CCUCCUCCUCUUGCUGCUUCUCUUCCCACCACACUAAUUCCAGAUCUGACCAUGAAUCGGUCAGGCUUCUUCCUCGGUGUCCUCAGCCUACUGGCAUGUCUUGCCUCCAUCAUGCAAGCAUGUCCCCCAAGCUGUCACUGCCACGGCGGAGACCUGCAGCAUGUCAUCUGCGACAACGCGGGGCUGAAGAAGAUCCCCAAGGUGCCUGAGCAAACACGGCUUCUCAACCUGCAGAAGAACAACUUCCCCGUCCUGCCGACCAACGGCUUCCGUGACAUGAAAAAGCUGGUGUCGCUGCACCUCCAGAGCUCACGGAUCAAGGAGAUCUCAACCGGAGCCUUCCGGGGGCUCAAGAGCCUGGUCUACCUCUAUCUCACUGACAACCAGAUCAAUGUCAUAAAACCAGGAGCCUUCGAUGACCUCUCUGAGCUCACCUACCUGUACCUGGACCAGAACAAGAUCCCAGACCUACCCAAAGGGCUCCUCUCCCCUCUUGUCAACCUCUUCAUCCUGCAUUUAGGCAGCAAUAAAAUCCGGGAGCUGAAACCAGGGGUCUUCAAUGGUGCUAAAGACCUGCGCUGGCUCUACCUCUCUGACAACUCCCUCACCAACCUCCUGCCCGGGGCCCUGGAGGACGUAGAAAACCUCGCUGUCCUCCACCUGGACAAGAACCAGCUCAGCAGCUAUCCUGUGAAUGCAAUGAGUAAGCUGAGAGUGCUGGAGGAACUGAAGCUUUCUCAUAACCCAAUUGAGGUCAUCCCUGACAAUGCCUUCCAGUCCUUCGGGCGGUACCUGCAGACGCUCAACCUGGACAACAUGAAACUGAAGAAGUUUGCAGACAACGCGUUCGCUGGCGUGACCGUGCUGAAGACCGCUCACCUGGAGAACAACCGGCUCACGCAGCUGCCCCGCAACUUCCCCUUCGACAAAAUGGAGACGCUGACGCUCUCCCGAAACGCCUGGCACUGCAACUGCCAGCUGGCACAUCUGCGCAAGUGGCUGAAGGGCAAUCGCACCCGCACCGAGGACACCUGCUCUACGCCCGCGCAGUACCGGGGGCAGUCCAUCAGAGACACCCCGGCCCUCCGCACCUGCAAGCUCCCCACCAAGAGGUCCAAGAAGGGAAGCCGCCAUUAAACACGCCUCGGUAUGGCUGGUCCUGGUGACUGGUCGCUUCAACCAUCAGAAAACUACUGACUUCUGAGUCCUUCCUUAAGCUUCUCCUACCUGUCAGGAAACAUUUCUGAUAUAUCCAAACACCUCCAGCCUCCUCCGAAUCCCCGCUUCUCUGCUCAUCGCAGGAUGGAAUCCACCUUUUCAAUCUUUUCCGACAUCUAUAUAUUUUAAAAGAGGCAUUUUUAAAAACUAAACUAUGCAUGACCAUACUAAGACAAGCUAACCUAGAUCCUGCCGGUAAAACACAGUCAUCUUUCCCAGAGGCAACACAAUCCACGGCCCCGAUCAACCGGUUGGUCGCUGUCUCUCCCCUUC